AUGUGUAGUCUAGAUGACGUCAUAAAUAAUGAAGUAGAAGAAGGGGUUAAGGAUGUAGUUGAUGCUAAUCCGAAGGCUAGUAAGAAUGAAGUAAUUGAUGCUAACCCAAUUAGUUCUAGUAAUAAUGAUGAACUUGUUACUGAUCCAAACUCAAUACCAACCAAGCCAGUUAGAUUGACUAAACGGGAAAAGAGAGAGAAGAAGUACUUGGCACUUAAACAGAAACGCAAAGACCAAAGACUAGCCGGAAAGAAAAGAAGUAAGAGAAAACAUCCACCUACUGAUCAACUAGAAGCCAACUGUCAAAUAGGCAUUGAAGUUUUAGGCGGACAUGAACUAAUGUCAGCUAGAGAAAUGAGAAGUUUAGCCCAACAGAUCAGGUACUGUUAUGCCGCCAAUCGAGUCAGUCCUACUCCAGUCAAUUUAGUUAUCAGUAACUUCCAACUCAUUAAAGACUUCAUUCCCACCGAGGCAGUUAAUUGGAAGAACGUUCAAAUGAUAGAUGAAUCAAUUACAACCACCACAAAUAUUCCCAACAGCACCACAUCACAAGUAAUUGUUCUUUCAGCCGAUGCCACCGAAACUCUCACAGAUCUAGAUCCAAAUACUCUCUAUAUCAUUGGCGGUUUAGUCGAUCGCAACCGCCAUAAAGGCUACGCCGAAAAAGUCCUAGGGGCUAACUUCCCAACUCGCAAACUACCAAUUUCCCUUUCCCUCAACUCUUCAACCGUUCUUACCACCCUCCAUGUCUUCCAAAUCCUUCUUUCCCAUCAUGAAGGUCUUACUUGGCCCGAAGCCAUCAACCGCCACAUUCCCGAAAGAAAGCGUCAAGAAGAUCCCAACACCAACUCCAAUUCCAACACCAACACCAACUCCAAUUCAUCCCAAUAA